ACUGCGCACCGCAGGACCCCCGCCGGACUGAGGAGACAGACGGCCGCUGUCAGCACAGGCAGGACCGACCGUCUUCUGGGCCGUCUCAUUUCCUCACUUCGCUUCUAUUUCGCGAGACGCACAAGCGGGGAUCCAGACCGUGUCCGGCGCAAUAAUGCCGUCCAAAAUCCAUUGGGCUGGCAAGAACAACCGCUCUCAGCACAAUCUGGUUGCGUCGACGACGGGUGCCGAGGAUUCAGCAGCCGGUGGUUCUGGUGCUGGUGCUGGUGCUGGCGCAUCGACCCCCCCGGGUGCGGGCGUGGGUGGUGCAGCGGGUGCUGCAAACCCCUCCUCAGCCUCGCCCAACCUGGCCUUCAGCUCCAGCGAAUCCUUUCAGCCCGACCUCGCACAGCAACAGCAACAACAACCCCCUCCACCGCCGCCACAUCUCGUAAAUAUCUACGGCACUGCUUCCGCUCCUGGCGGGCCCAAUCCUGCUGCCCUGCCGCCACAGUUGCAGCAUUCCAACAGCGUGUCGGCCGUCUUCGACUCACGCCAGCAGCAGCAACAGCUACGGCGAGAGCACGAUUUGGCCGACCAAGUGACGCGAUCCCAAUCGCACUCGCAUCGCUACACCACCCAGCCCUCCCCCACCUCAACCCAACUGCACCUCCAGCAGCAGCAGCAGCAACAGCAGCAGCAGCAGCAACGCCUCCAGCACCCGCACCAGACACAAUUCCCACCGGGUUCUCUCUCCGCGGAGGACCUCUCGGCCCCCGGCGCAGCCCCUCAGAAUAUUGGGUCACCCAUCCUCGGCGGCGCCCAGCCCGUCUUUGCCCACCAUCAGCAGCAGGCCCAAGCGCAGCCUCCAAAACCUAAGCAGUCCACCCGGAAGCUGAUCAAAAACAUCCUCAACCCUCGAGGCCAGGACUUUGCAUCCCCGCCGGCCCAGCAGAACCCGUACGGCUCCGGCCCCAGCCCCGCCCGCAGGAACUCGAAGCGCGUGAGCCUCCCGCCGCCAUAUCCCCCAGCCCUCCGCACCGGUCCCUCGCAGGUCUCGCUGGACCAGCAGCAGCAACUCGACUGGCAGAACCAGCCCGCUCCUAGCCAGCCGUCCCCGCUCCAAGGUGUAGGAGACUUCCGCGAGUCGUAUGUAAUCGUUGACGGUUCUGACCAAGGGUUGCGCCUGCAGGGUUCCCAGGACAUCCAGCAUCCCACCAUCCGGCCCGUCCCUCCUUCGGACGCAGAGACGUCGCCCUACCCGGUGGAGGAUUCUGGAUACCGUCAGCACCGGACCCACAGUCACACCCACAGCCAGGUACCCCCGGAACUGCAGCAUCAGCCUUACGGCCAGCCCGUCUUUGAAGCCUCCUCACAUCAGCAGCAGUACCAAUUUGCAGGCCAGCAGCAGGCCCAGGCACAGCACCAGGGCGGCAACCAGCAGGUCUUCUCGGGCCACCUUGCCACUCCACAGCAGCAAAACGCCGAGACGGUGUCGCAGCUGUCGUACGACUCUCCCGCCACGGACUCGGACCAGCGUUCUGCCACCAACAUACCGCCGGGACAAGCAGCGCAGACGCCGCCGGCCAUCCUCUACCCGGCUCCGACACAGGAUCUUCCUGGCGGCCGGCAGCAGAACGCACCGAGUGCCCAAUCUCAGGCCCCUCAGCAGCAGCAAGACAUGACCCCACCGACCGGCGGGCCGCCUCCGCGGAGAUCGCAGGAAGCAGAGAAGAUGCGCGACCAACAGGUGCAACCACCGCCCGGGCCGCCGCCCAAUUACCGGCAAAGCCAGCCGCCCAACAUGAACGCGCUGCCACAGCCUCCGAAUGCCGGAGUCCCGAACCCCAACUUCCGCGCGAGUAACGUGCCGGAGAGACAACAGCAGCAGCAGCAACAGCAGCAACAGCAGCAGCAGCAGCAAUUCGAGGGCCAGGGAGAGAUGGUGCAGGGGCGCAAUAGCCCGCAGCCUCCGCCCAACGACCGUGGCGCUGAGGACCUUGAUAAGCAAUUUAAGGAUCUUUUGACCAAAUACAAGAACGUCAAGCGGCUCUAUUUUGACGGCAAGAAGGAGAUCGAACAGCUAAACGCCCAGGUGGAGCAGCUCCAAAACGCCAUCGCCAACCAGCGCAUGUCUCAGAGCCGGACGUCGCUCGACGACAACGAGUAUACCACGAGGUUCAACCGGCUCAACGGCGCGAUUAACAACCUAUCCUUCAAUAUUCGCAAGGAUUGGGUGUCGGUGCCGCCGUGGCUUGUCCCGUUUGUGAGCGCGGACGCGCUGAAAACGGGCAAGCAAGAGAUGACGGCGGUCGGCCGGGCGGUAAUCACGCGCUGGAUCGUCGAAGAGAUCUUUAACCGCUGCUUCCACCCGGGCCUCGACCCGGAGCUCAGCCGGCAGCUGAAGGUAAUUGAGCAUAACAUUAGGCACUUUAGCUAUACGAUGAACAGCCAGGAGGAGUACGACGCCCUGACGAGCAAGGUGGUCAGCUGGCGCAUGGCGACGCUUGAGGGCCUGCAGGACGUGCUCCGCUCCGGCGAGAGCGUCAACUACCGCAACGACUUUACGCGCCGCGCCACUAGCAACCUCACGGCCUGUCUUUUCCAGCACCUGACCGACCCGCCACCCCCCGGCGUCGACGGCAGCGCUAGCAUGAUUGUCGAACUCGCCGUCGGCAUCGCGAGUAACCUGCCGCUCGAAAGCCGCGACGUGGCCAUCAUCUACCCGCUGCCGGAGCAGCCGAUCCAGCCGGAGCUGAUGGAGGUGGAGAAGACGGGCCUCCCGCCGCUGGAGAACCGGCCGUCGGACUCGAGCGAGGAGGGCGCCGGCGCCGGAGAUGACGGCAGCGGCGGAGCUGGUGGUGCAGGAGCAGGGGGAGGAGCAGGAGGCGGUGGGAAAGAGGGAGGAGGACCUGCCGGCAAGGACGGCGGCGGCAAAGACCGGCGCGGCGACAAGAUGAGAACGGGUAUGUUGAGCGCUUUGGCGGGCGGCGGUGGCGGUAGCGCGCCCGGCAGCAGGAAAGGAAGUAUUGCUGACGGCGGCGCCACACAAGCAGCUCCCCCACCCCCCAAGGAUCCUGGCAAGGUGCGCUUUGCGGGAUUCGUCGCCGUCGAGGUCCGCGGCAGGCAGGUGCUGGUCAAGGCGCCGGUGUGGACGCUCGGGUGAGGAAGUGUUGGGUGGUUCAGGAUGUCCGGCACAGGGU